GCAAUCCGAACAAGUCCGGACUGUUGCUCGCGCGCUGCCUACGCCGCACGAGGCAGCCUGAGGAGUCAGAAAUAGCUCGCGCAGUGCUGACGCUCUCCUGCAGGGACUUCAAUUACUGACUCGGCUGUGGGUGCGCGCCGCGGAGCUGCCCCGCUCUUCAUGAAGCCGCGGCAUCGGACGUCGCAGACCGCGAACGCCGGCGCACCGGGGGCCGAGGGCACGUGGCAGGCGCAAAGGUGCGCAGCGGCAGGCGGGCGCACGGAGCGGAGACCCGCAGGUUGUGAAGAUGUGGAGCUCAGUGUUCAGUGUGGCAGUGCUGCUCCUCCUCAUUAAACAGGCUGAAACUCAGGGCAAAUGUAAUAACGUCCAAGCGGCGGACAUCGUCUUCCUGGUCGAUGGCUCUUCCAGUAUCGGCCGAGUCAACUUCUUACAAGUGAAGGGCUUCAUGGCUGGAAUCGUCAAGCCCUUCGCCGGCUCUGUCAGCGAGUCAGGGAUACGCUUUGGGGCCAUACAGUACAGUGACACCUCCAGGGUGGAGUUUACCUUCACCACCUACCUGAACGGCACCGAGCUGGUGAACGCUGUGCAGAACCUCAACUACAAGGGAGGAAACACACGCACCGGCGCCGGGCUCAAGUUUGUGUCCGACAACUUCUUCAACCCUGCGUCCGGUCGCGACGUACCCAAGAUCACCAUCCUGAUCACGGACGGGAAGUCGCAGGACAGCGUGAAGGAGCCUGCGCAGAGGCUGCGCAGUCAAGGGGUUCACGUGUUUGCUGUUGGUGUAAAGAGCGCCGACAGAAACGAACUGGCUCAGAUCUCCUCCCAGCCCAGCAGGGAUUUCACCUCCUUUGUCGGGGACUUUAAGCUGCUGGGCACGCUUCUUCCUCUGGUGGCCCCCAGGGUGUGCACCAAGGCUGGGGGCGUCUAUGCCAGUGACGAGGCGUUCACCGGCCCGUCCAGCAUUCAGUUCGCCGCACAGACGUCCGACUCGCUGGCGUUCCGCUGGAGUCCAGCAGGGGGCCCCGUGAGCGGCUACGUGGUCCAGUACGUGCCGCUGUCUGGCCUGGGUCAGCCCAUCACAGCAGAGCUGCGUCAGGAGACCGUGCCUGCGGGCCAGAGGACCUUCACAGCCCAGGACCUGAGGUCGGGGACCGACUACCUGGUGACCGUCAUCGCCCAGUACCCCAACAGCGUGGGCGAGUCCACGUCCGCCAAGCAGCGCACAAGGUCUCUGCCCGGCGUCUCCAGCCUGCGUCUGACACAGGCCGGCUUCUUCUCGCUGUCGCUGGGCUGGGAUCGGCCCUCUUCCCCCAUCCAGGGCUACAGGCUAACCUACGGGCCACGAGGUCAGCCGGCGCCUCAGCUGCUGGAGCGGUCGCUGUCUGCAGACUCCACGUCGGUCACCGUGGAGUCGCUGCGGCCGGACACCGAGUACGUGAUCAGCCUCUACCCCCUGUUCCCCCGAAACGCCGCCUCGCCGUCCGUCCUCAACGCCCGCACACUGCGACUGGAGGCGGUGCAGCAGCUGUCGGUGGAGACCGAGUCCGAGGACAGAGUGCGGCUGCGCUGGAGGGGCGUCGGCGGGGCGCGGGCCUACCGCCUGGUGUGGGGACCCUUCACAGGUCGAAACGUUGAGACUGUGGAGGUUCCUGGUGACAGAGACUUUUAUACGUUGUCGAGACUGCAGCCAGAUGUUGAGUACAUCGUCACUAUUAUCCCAAUAUAUGAGGGAAACGCCGAGGGCCCCGGGGCCCCAGCCAGGUUUAAGAUAGAGAGUCAGGAGCAGCAGGUCCUCCAAACAGCAACCACAGGUCCCUCCUCUAUUCAACUCACCUGGAGAAUCAUUCAGUCUUCUCAGGGCUACCGCCUGGAGUGGAAGGAGGGCGAAGGAGGCCGUGUCCAGAGCUCAUCCUUUCCCAGAAGCACCAGCAGCUAUGAGCUGACGGGCCUCCGACCCAACACAGAAUAUAUCAUCACUCUGUACACACUGUAUGAAGGUCGUGAGGAGGCCACACCUGUCUCCACCACACCCAUAGUGGAGCAGCCAGUGGGGAGGGUGUCCAACCUCAGAGUGGUGGAGUCUCUGGGCAGCACCGUGAGGAUCGGCUGGACGGGUGUAGCUGGUGCUACGCAGUAUCGCGUCGUUAUCCUCAACGAAGAGGCGGCAACAGAGGACUUCAGGAUCAUCCCCGGAAACCAGACGACCCUGGACCUCAAGGACCUGACCGCCGGCGUCUCUUACGGCGUCACUGUCACGGCGCUGGUGGGAGAAAACAAAGGCGACCCAGUCACCGUUUACAUCAGACCGGAGCAAUCCAGAGUGACUAAUCUGAGAGUGACAAAUGCAAACAGUCGGAGAAUUCGCAUUGCCUGGACAGGUGUUACCGGGGCAACCGGGUACCUUGUUACGUGGAGACAGGGCAGCAGAGCGGAGCAGUCGCGUGUUCUGCCGCCAGAAGCCACGGCCUUCACUAUAGAUGGCCUGCAGCCCGACGAGGCGCUGGUAACCGGCGUCGCGGUGGUUGUCGGUCAGAGGACCGGAGAAGCGGUGACGCUGUCGGCUCGGACGAAUCCCACCACCGGGUCAGUGUCCGGACUUCGCAUCGUUGACGUCACGUCGCAGACUGUCCGCAUUUCGUGGUCACCUUCCCUCAGGGCAACGGGCUAUAAGAUCACCUGGCGGAGCGAUGAUGGAGUUGAAACAACCAGAAAUGUGGCUGCUGGGGUAACGUCCUUCACCAUCGAUGGACUGAAGCCAGAUUUAAGCUACAGCGUGUUUGUGUCUGCGCUGAGCAACUCUCUGGAGGGAACCGCCUCCGUCCUGAACGUCAGAACAGGCCCCGAUCAGUCUGUGGUCGGGACUGUGACAUCACUGCAAGUCCAGGAGGCCCGUGGAGAGGUGGUACGGGUCACUUGGGUCGGUGUGCAGAGAGCAACGUCCUAUCGUGUGUCUUGGAAGAAGACGGACGGUGGUGAGGAGAGAAGCCAGGUGGUCGGGGGAGAUGUGACCGCGGUGGAUUUAGACCAGCUGGACCCUGGAGCUCAGUACGAGGUGCAGGUCAUGGCUUUGGUGCAGAACCGAGAGGGAAGCCCAGUGUCUGUCAGGGUCACUACACCUGGCAUCUACAGCACCCCUGCCCCACUGCCCACCACCACAAUAAGAGUGACGGAGGUUACCCAGAAUUCUGUUCAGCUGAGCUGGACCCCACUAGCUAGUGCCAGAGGUUAUAUCCUUCGCUGGAGAGACGAGAGAGACACUGGUCCAGGAUACUCGGUCUCGCUGGCAGCCUCCUCCAGCUCCUACCAGGUGACCGGGCUGCGUCUGGGCCGUCGGUAUCGCUUCAGCAUCCAGCCCAGCUUUGCGAGCGGACUGGGAACAGGGAGCUCUGUGAUGGAACACCCUGUGUGCGUGGGCGGGCGUCUGGAUGUGGUGUUUCUGGUCCCUGCAUCGACUGAUCGCAUUAGACUCGCCAGGCCUUUACGCGAUCUCGUCACAAGUGCGGCAUGGUCGCUGAACACCAUUGGGCCCCGCGACUCCCAGGUGGCUGUUGUCGUGUACAGCUACAGACCUAAAAGAUGGUUCCCGCUUAAUCACCACGAAAGGUCUGAGACGCUGCUGGAGGAGAUCCAGUCCAUGCCCUUCGAUGAAAGCCCAGGGAACAACAUUGGCGAGGCGCUGACUUUCACCACCCAGUACCUGCUCACCUCCUUGGCUGGACGGAGACCCAGUGUCCCUGGUGCUGUUGUUGUCAUCGCUGACAAGAAAACAGCUGACAACCUCACUCUCCCUGUCAUCAAUCUCAGAGCUACAGGUGUGACCGUGCUAGCAGUGGGGAUUGACCAGGCAGAUACUGAACAGUUGCGUCGGGUCGUGACAGAUGGUAGCACUCAGAACAUCCUGUACGUCCGUGAUGCAGCACAGUUGAACACGCUGCACACAGAUCUUGCAGACUUACUUUGUGGAAUUGCUAGAAUACCAGAGGUAACUCCAACUACUCAGUGCACCAUAAACUGCCCUCAGGGGGAGAAGGGAGAUCGUGGAGAGAAGGGCGAGAGGGGCAGAGAUGGAGCAGAUGGACGCAAGGGAGAACCUGGCCGUGAUGGUUUGCCUGGGAGGGAAGGUCCCAGAGGCCCUGAGGGGCGUCCUGGUCCACCCGGACAAAGCAUACCUGUUGGCCCCUCAGUGGGGCUGAAAGGAGAGAAAGGAGAGAGAGGUUUUCCUGGCCUUGAUGGAAAUUCAGGGCUGCCAGGACGUCCAGGUUCCCCUGGGAACACGGGCGUCCCAGGUUUACAGGGUCUGCCUGGUGUAAGAGGAAGCUCGGGCGACCCGGGUACACCAGGGCCAGAAGGACCAAAAGGAGAUAAAGGGGAAAGGGGUGAACCAGGUUCAAGUAUAGGUGGCAGUCUACCGGGAAGAAAAGGAGAACCGGGCCUACCAGGGAUAAACGGUACUCCAGGUCGGCCAGGCAUCGAUGGGGCUAAAGGGGCUUCUGGAAUUCCUGGGACCCCGGGUCAAGAUGGUCGCCCAGGGAUACCAGGUGCACCAGGACUGUCCAUCAAGGGAGAAAAGGGCAGCUCAGGGGAGAGGGGAGCUCCAGGAGUAGGCAGCGGGCUGGCUGUGAAGGGUGAGAAGGGCUCCCCGGGUAGCUCAGGACUUCCUGGAGCGCAAGGCCCUGUGGGGCCUUCAGGACCAAAGGGCGGAAAAGGAGACAAGGGUGAUAUUUCUGAAGGGUCCCCAGGGCCUCCUGGCAAGCAAGGAGAUCCUGGAGACAGGGGUCCCCGUGGGCCUCCAGGAGACAUAGGCAGCAAGGGUGACCGAGGCCAGACCGGUGAGGCUGGACUGAAGGGGGACAGAGGGGAGAGAGGACCACCUGGUGAAGCUGGGGAAAGAGGGGACCCAGGGAAGCCAGGCCUGCCAGCAACACCGGGGCUGAGAGGUUUACCAGGGCCUAGUGGACCGCCAGGAGAAAAGGGAAACGAUGGCACACGAGGGGAGCCUGGCAGGAGUGUGCCAGGUUUACCAGGAAAGAAAGGGGAACAGGGGGACCAGGGCGUACCCGGUCCCGAGGGGCUGAGGGGACAGAAAGGAGAGCCAGGCCAGAGAGGAGAGAAAGGAGAUUCAGCGUCAGGAGGCUCCGGUGUUGGACCCAAAGGAGAACCAGGAGACCGGGGACUUGCUGGUAUCAGUGGAAGGCCGGGUGCCAAGGGAGACGCCGGUGAACCAGGGGAGAGGGGGGAGAAUGGGCGCCCAGGAAUCCCAGGAAAGCCCGGCGUUCCUGGGAAAGAGGGUGAAAAGGGGGAGAAGGGUGAUGAAGGCACACCUGGGGAGUCUGGACUUCCAGGGAAGCCGGGAGAGAGAGGGCUCAGGGGACUGGCUGGUCAGCGCGGACAACCAGGGCUGAAGGGAGAAGCAGGGGACCCAGGAGAACAGGGGCAAAAUGGCGCCCCUGGACCCGCGGGGCCCAAAGGAGAGAGAGGAAGUCAGGGAGUUCAAGGACCUGCAGGACCACCAGGAAAAGUGGCGGACAUCCAAGGCCAACUGAAAGGAGAAAGAGGAGAUAAGGGUGAAGCUGGCGACCCUGGAGAACAUGGCGGCAAAGGUCAAAAAGGCGAAGCAGGGACUCCUGGACCCCCAGGCCUACUAGGUCCAGAGGGACAACGGGGACCUGCAGGCACAAGAGGUGACACAGGGGAGAGAGGAGCUCCUGGAGAGAAGGGAGAAAGAGGAGCCUCCGGGUUAGAUGGGCGUCCUGGUCAUGAUGGUAAACCAGGUGCUGCAGGGCCACCUGGUCAGAGGGGUGAUCCUGGGAAACAGGGGGAUCCUGGGAGAGAUGGUUUGUCAGGACUAAGAGGUGAACAAGGCCCCCCAGGCCCUAGUGGGCCACCAGGCACACCUGGAACAUCAGGAAAACCAGGUGAAGAUGGUAAACCUGGGACUCCUGGCAAAAUGGGCGAGGAGGGGUUGCCAGGUGAAGAUGGGAGAAAGGGUGACAAAGGAGAGGCAGGAGCAUCUGGAAGAGAUGGCCAUGAUGGACAGAAAGGAGAACGAGGUCCUUCUGGGCCAGUAGGCCCCUCUGGACCUCAAGGACCACCUGGAGUACCUGGCAGCAUUGGUCCUCCUGGACAGGUUGUGUAUGUAAAAGGAGUUGAAGCAGCACCAAUCCCAGGCCCACAGGGCCCCCCAGGAACCCCUGGUGUCCCUGGGAUACCAGGAACUGUGGGAGCCAGAGGAGAGAGAGGUCUUCCUGGCCUUAAAGGUGAAGCUGGAGACCCAGGAGAGGACGGGCUGCCUGGCAAACCUGGCACAGCUGUGGAUGUGCAAAAGGCUCUGGCUAGCAUGGGGAUUCAGAUGUCUGAUCUGAAGGUGGUUGUGGACAGGAGGGACAUAAGUCAAGCUCCUCCAGUGCAGAAGGGGGAGAGAGGUGAUAAGGGAGACAGGGGGGAAGCAGGACAGAGAGGACCAGCUGGUGCAGAUGGCGCUCGUGGUGUUUCAGGAGAGAGGGGCGCAAAAGGGGAACAAGGGGAACGAGGACCCAUAGGAUCAACUGGGCCUCCUGGAAGAGCCAUUGGAGAACGUGGACCAGAGGGACCCCCUGGACCUGCUGGAGAGCCUGGCAAGCCAGGAAUACCAGGUGUUCCUGGACGAGCUGGGGAGCUUGGAGAAGUUGGAAGACCAGGAGACAAGGGGGAGAGAGGAGAAAAAGGUGACAAGGGCGAAGCUGGUAAAAGUGGGCUAACAGGACCUGCUGGGCCACCAGGUCAAAAGGGACAAUCUGCUGAUUCAAUACUUGUCGGUGCACCCGGUGAAAGAGGGCUUCCAGGACUUGCAGGAUCAAAAGGAGAGCCUGGUGCUGCAGGGCUACCUGGACCUAAAGGAGACCGUGGUUUUGUGGGCCCUCAAGGUAACAAAGGAGAUAAAGGAGAGUCUGGAGAAAAAGGACGAGAUGGUUCAUCGGGAAUACCAGGAGAACCGGGCAAACCUGGUCAGGAUGGGAAGCCGGGCCCAACAGGGCCCGCUGGUCUUCAGGGCCAACCAGGGAACCCGGGAGAACCUGGCAUAAGAGGACCAACUGGCCCUAUGGGUCCCAACGGGCCUCCAGGUCAACCGGGCGUGAAGGGUAAUCAAGGAGAAACAGGCUUUGGUGUUCAGGGUCUCCCUGGUGCCCAGGGAAGCACGGGUCUGCCCGGACCACCAGGUCCUCCAGGAGCUGUAGGUCCACAGGGUCCCCCGGGACUGCCAGGGCAGGUGGGUGAAGCAGGAAAACCUGGAGUUCCUGGACGAGAUGGGGUGCCUGGAAAAGAAGGGAUACCUGGACUACCAGGAAAGCAGGGAGUUCCUGGACCUCCAGGACAACUUGGCCUAAAGGGGGAGCAGGGGGACAGUGGACCUCCGGGGAAGGCAGUGGCUGGACCACCUGGUCCCAAAGGAGAGAGGGGUCUUCCUGGUCAAACGCUGCCAGGUACAGUGGGAGAGCGAGGUCUGUCUGGGGACAAGGGUGACCGAGGGGACAAAGGCUCUGCUGGCACCAAAGGAGAGAGAGGAGUCGCUGGUGAACCCGGAGAGCCUGGAGAAGACGGUUCACAAGGACCUUCUGGACCAAAGGGAGAUAAGGGAGAGAAGGGUUUAGGAAUGGCAGGACCUCCUGGUCGGGAUGGACCUCAAGGUUUAAAGGGAGAUCCAGGCCUUCCAGGUCCAGCCGGCCCUCCGGGGCCACAGGGCAAGUCGGGUGAUGCUGGACAGCCUGGCGUUAGAGGAGAAAACGGCCAACCAGGAGCUCCAGGACCACCCGGGGAGCGGGGUCUUCCAGGUUUCGCAGGCCGUGCUGGAAAUGUUGGCGCUCCGGGUACACCUGGACCUCUAGGAGCAUCAGGCACUCCUGGAACAGACGGAGUUAAAGGAGACAAGGGGGAAGUCGGAGUAGGAAUUCCUGGUCCCAGAGGAGAGAGAGGAGAUCCAGGGCCUAGAGGCGAGGAGGGUCGAGCUGGCUCAGAUGGAGAGAGAGGGCCCACAGGUCCCCCGGGGAUUCGAGGCGCGCGGGGAGAGAAGGGAGACAUCGGCCUUCAAGGUGACAAAGGCGACAAGGGGGACACGGUGCUGGUGGGAGGACCUCCUGGAGAAAGAGGCAACAAAGGAGAAACGGGGGACAGAGGGCCCAAAGGUGUUCAGGGUGAAAAGGGUGUCAAAGGUCAAGAGGGACCUACAGGGGAGCCGGGUCUGAGGGGAGAACCGGGAGAAGGUGGAUCCACUGGUUUCCCAGGUGCUCGCGGCCCCGGUGGCCAGAAGGGAGAAGCGGGUCAACCAGGAGUACCUGGUGAAUCGGGGUUAUCAGGAAAAGAUGGGCUGCCAGGACGAAAGGGGGAGAAGGGAGAGAUUGGUAUUUUAGGACUGAGAGGAAUAAAGGGUGACAGGGGACCCAAAGGCGCUUGUGGAGGUGAUGGGCCCAAAGGAGAGAAGGGGAACGGUGGUAUUCCUGGACGAUCAGGCCUACCAGGAAGAAAAGGUGAACAGGGGGACAUUGGACCUCCUGGGGCCCCUGGCAUCCCUGGCAAAGAGGGGUUGGUGGGCCCCAAGGGUGACCGUGGAAUUGAUGGGAUUGCAGGACCCAAAGGAACUCAGGGAGAGAAAGGUGAAAGGGGCCCACCUGGUGUUCCUGGCCCUCCUGGUCCCAGAGGUGUAGAUGGGGCCUCUGGCCUGACUGGCCCCCAGGGACCAGCCGGUGCUAAAGGCCCUGAAGGUCUGCAAGGACAGAAGGGAGAGAGAGGUCCAGUUGGUCCUGCCACGGUCGGCCCUCGGGGCGUCCCAGGUAUUCCUGGAGAAAGGGGCGAACAGGGAGAGAUGGGCCCAGAUGGAGCCAAAGGAGACAGAGGAGAUCCGGGCAUGACGGAGGAUGAGAUCAGAGAGUAUGUUCGCUCAGAGAUGAGUCAGCACUGUGCAUGUGGAGGUUCGGGCCUGGACCUUCAGUCCCAGCCCACGGUCCGGGCUCGGCCUGCGCCAGAGCAACAGCUGGUCCUGAAGGGUCAGGAGGGCCGUGAGCUGCGCGUGGUGGUGAAUACCAACGACCCGGAGUACGAGCACAUCUACUCCAUCGAGGCCUACGACCAGCCCUUGGAUGAACUGCUCGACUUCACUGCAAAUCAGAGUGACGAUGAGACUGUUAGAAUGUCUGACGAGACAGUGAAAGAUGAACCAAACAAGCCUGUCAUUGCUGAUGGACAGACAGGUGACAGUCAGACAGAAGCCAAAGUUACGCCGGUGGCGGUCGAGUCCAGAUCAGUCAGGUCCAAGCGGCGAGUCGGAGGUGAAGGCCCAGCGGCCGUGUGCCGGCUGCCCAUGGAGGAGGGCGGCUGCAGACGCUACACCCUGCGCUGGUACUUCAACCUCCAGGCGCGGGCGUGCAGGCCCUUCAUGUACAGCGGCUGCGGAGGCAACGGCAACCGCUUCCUGCAGCCGGAGGAGUGUGAAGAGGCGUGCCGCGGGGAGGCGGAAGGUCCUCGACCCUCGAAGACAGCGCGGUGAUUCUGGCCGAUCUUCUCCCAACAGCUUCUUUUUUAAUUAUUUUUUCAAGUGUAAAUGGUUGAGAAUUGUUUUUGUCUAUUUAUUGUUUCUUCAGAACCAUCUAAUCCAGUGCUUCCUGGUUUGGGUUCCUCAAAGUUAUGCAAAGCAGUGUUUUUAGGAUAAAAGUAGAUUUCUAGUUGGGCAGUAGUCGAACAAACACGCAAUUUUACUAUUUGUACACUGAAAAAUCAAAGAAGAGUGUUCAGACCCUCUCAGUUUCACUUCACUACCGUACGUUUGUACAUUUACCACUUUUAUAUUGCACACAGUAACAGGACACCUGGCCUGAAUGCCCCUACACUUUAAUGCCUCAAUAUACUGUAAUAAGUCUGGCAGAGCAUGUGAUGCUUCGGUAACUUGAUUGUCAAUAUUGGUGCUGUAGUUUUUAGUGUUGUUCAGUCAUUAUGUUAUAGAUUCAUAUAUUAAUGAAACUUCGGAUGUUCUCUUAUUAAGAUGCACUUCUCCAUUAUCCAAUGUUUACUAUAAGAUGGUUGGUUUGUAUUUUUAUUUGAAAGGUGCUUGUUUCUCUUUUCUGAACAGCUUAAUAACAAAUCCCUGUAUUUGAUGCAGGUUCAUUGUUACUAACGUGUUUUCUCAUGGUGCAGUGCAGAGAUCAUUUUUUGCCUUAAUUACAUUUUCUGAGAGUCAUUGAUUUGAUUAAUAGGAGUACGAAGGAGAGAGCCCACAUGCGAUCGCUGCUCCUCGUUGCUAAUGAAGGUCUCUUGUGCGCUAAUGAUUUGAGUCUGAUUUACCACCGAUGCACAAUGUGACACUCGGCCUGUUUCCAGCCUCGUGCUCCUCGUGGUCAUCUCCGAUCAAAAUGAACCCUGACGCGUUCAGCUGUGACUCCUUCGUUCGUGUAGCGGUCUGCAUUAUUAUUCUCAGUAGUUGUAGCCUAAAACAAAACAAAACAAAACAAAACAAAACGCUCAAGGCUGCGUUAGCAAAGAGGAACAACACCAAACAAACACAGUUUAUUACAAACUACCGCUUUACUAAAACAUUAGCAAGCGGAUGAUUUGUAAUAAGCUUUUAUCAUUUUGCUCAGUCUUUGCCGCUGACUUGUCCUACGAAUUUCAAGAUCCAUCCGGCUCCUUAAAAUGUAAGUUGCCAAUGUGGGCUGUGCAGGAAUUCAACUUUUUUUAACCAUGGACCUAUUUUAUCAUUUGCAUUACAUAUGAAGAAUCAAGCACAUACUCUGCCAAUGUUUUGUAAAUAAUGUUUCUGUUAUUUGGGGACGUUGUGUAUUUCUGAUCGAGACUGCAUGUUCACCUGCAAGAGAAGAGGUUCUAUUUUUAAAGGUAUUUUUCUAUUGUUUAUUGAAGAUGGAAGCCUGUUUCUGUAAUACUCUGUAACAUUUUAAUAUGAAUUUCUAAUAAACCAAAUGUUUGGGUAAAAGCAAAAA